AUGGCAGGGAAGAAGAAGACGCACUCGAUGAAGAUGCUAGUACUUUAUCCUUCUGGAAUCAAUGGACUCCGCAAAGUCAUGGAUCAAAGUGAAGGACAGUGUGGAUUGAACACACUUUUGGAGGCCAGACCUCAUAGUGUAUCCAUCUUGGAAUUUGGAGCAGUUGGAGAUGGGAAGACGUUAAACACAGUUGCAUUUCAAAAUGCAAUUUUCUAUCUUAAGUCAUUUGCUGACAAGGGAGGUGCUCAGCUUUAUGUUCCACAAGGCAGGUGGCUUACUGGGAGCUUCAAUCUCACCAGCCACCUUACCCUCUUCCUGGAAAGAGAAGCCAUAAUUCUAGGAUCAGAGGAUUAUUCUCAUUGGGGAAUUGUUGAACCUUUACCUUCUUAUGGACGAGGGAUUGAACUUCCAGGUGCAAGAUAUCGUAGCUUGAUUACUGGGUAUAAUUUAACUGAUGUGGUGAUAACAGGUGACAAUGGAACUAUUGAUGGCCAGGGUUCUGUCUGGUGGAAGCAGUUCAGUUCUCAUUCUUUAAACUACAGCCGUCCGCAUCUUGUGGAAUUUGUCAGCUCAGAAGACAUUGUCGUGUCAAAUAUUACCUUCUUAAAUGCCCCUGCCUGGAAUAUUCAUCCAGUAUAUUGCAGCAAUGUGCGAGUUCAAAACAUAACCGCCUAUUGUCCUCCAUCAUCUCCUUACACAAGUGGAAUAGUCCCAGAUUCUUCUGAGGAUGUAUGCAUUGAGAAAAGCAACAUUAGCAUGGUUAUGAUGCCAUUUCACUUAAAAGUGGUUGGGAUGAGUAUGGAAUUGAUUAUAGCAGACCAACCACAAAUGUUCACAUCAGAGAUGUAA